AUGGCUUUGGACGCUCAGGGAAAUGAGGUUGGGAAAUUGUUUGUUGGUGGAUUACACCAGUCUACAAACACAAAUGGUCUGCACAACUACUUCUCCAAAUUUGGGGAUAUUGAGGAGUCUAUUGUAAUGAUGGACAAUAGAACAGGCCGGUCGCGCGGUUUCGGCUAUGUGAAAUUUAAAGAACCGUCUGCAGUUGAUCAAGUAUUGUCUGAAAAGGUCCAUGUAAUCGAUAACAAGGAAGUCGAUCCGAAGAGGUAUGGGAGUUGGAACCAGUGGAGUCAUAGUGGCAGCGGUGGCAACGGGGUAGAUAUACCAGGUGGUGUUGGCGGCACUAGUGAUAACAGUUGGAACCACAUCUUGAACCACCACGCCCUCACGCCCUGGGGUUCUCAGCUACCGCCUCCAUGGAAUGGUCCGGCUUCUUCGGCUGGUAACGGCCCUUCCUCUUCUCCGUUAAACGGUUGUUGGGAUAACCAAAUGGCUGCUGCAGCAGCGGCAGCUUUUCAAUCGAACGGCUUCACAUCACCUCAACAGCAGUGGGGCUCGCAGCAGUCAUCAAACAGGCGUAAGUGUCGUCACUCCCUAUUCCAUAGUGGAGUUCCCCACCAUCAGAAUCAUCCGCCAUCCGCCAGCGAUCACUUCUCCCAGCACAAUACCGUUGCCGGCGCCAGCUGUGGUGCUAGCGGCGGCAACUUUACGAGCACCUGGGGUGUUCCCAGCGACACCGCCAAUCAGUGGGGUGCAGGCACUGGCAGUUCGGCCGCGCUCUGGGGUAGCGGUACGACUGCUGCUACCGGUUGCAGUAGGCAUGAUCAGAACGACUCUGCUUGUAGUACUGGACUUGGUAGUGCAACGAAUCUCGGCGUAGGCACCUCUGUGACUGCUUUCAAAAUGGAUGACGAUCUUUAUCGAGCGGCUUCAGGCGGAGGAAACACCAAUGUGACUGGAAUAAGUUUUCCUGGCUCUGGAAGCGACUGGCAAUCUGCACUGGCGGUUGCUACUGUGACCGCCCAACAACGUUCUGUGUUGGCAGCCGCUGCAGCUUCUCAAUUCAAGCGAUGA